AUGGUUCUCACGUCGGCUUUUGAAGAAAGCAUUGUGAUAAGAUUUGUAAAUAGGUCAAGUAAUGGGGAAACAACUGCAUGCUCCUCCUACUGGCAUUCCCACAUUAAUUGUAACACCUUUCAAAAUAUCAUUGUUAGUUGUGCACAUUUGAUUGCAUCCAAAAAACUCCUAAAAGUGCAUGUUUCAUCACAAAGCUUUGUGCCACUGUCGCAUAGAAUGCUUAUGAAUUGUCAGAUAAAAAGCAUUUUUGGCAACCACAAGUUUUAUGUUCUGAAGCACAGUGUAAUAUUUAAGACUUCUCCCAAUAUAAAAACAAAAUAA